UACUUGUUUGAUAUUUUUUAUUAAUAUGCCUGUCCCGGAAAAAUACAAAACUAAAUAUUGGUUUCAAACUCCAGAACCAUCAUGCAGACCUGGAUACACCGGUUUCUUGCCUGGGUAUGGUCCGAAACGACUUUUUCAGUUUGCGAAAACUUACGGAAUGAUGACCCAUGAGCUUAUGAAAGAACAUCCUGUAGCAGGUCUACGACUAGGGAAUUUGCUCGAUAACAGCCUAGAACUGCAAAGGAAACUGGAGGAAGAAGCCAUGACUUGGAAACAUGAAGUAACAGCUGAAAAUAACAGGUAUUGCAGAAACAUGGUUCCAGGUUACACUGGAUAUGUGCCCCGAAAGAAGUUUUUAGUGGGUCGAGUAUAUGAUGAAGAGUGCAAAGAAGCGGUAGCUUUAUUCGAAAAAUUAAAACUCAUGAAUCUAUGAAAUAUUACCUUCUUUGAAUUUUCCCUUUCUGUUUCAUUUUCUCAAACUCAGCUACAUUAUUUUCAUUUUGUAAAAUCUG